AAAAAAAUUGUCACCAUGAAAAUUAUAUAUUAACAUACUGUUUGGUUUAUUCGAGUUGAAAAUAACAACAAAAACUGUUAUUGGCUGGACAGCAUACCCUGCUCAGAAUUCGAGCUGCACAAUUUUCGACUUUUCCAACACACAUUCGAACAACGAUACAAAUUGCAGGUUGCACGUUUUGAACGUAAAAUGUGGGCGCCUUGAUAACAAAGCAACAACGACGUGAAUCUAUAUUAUAUACAGAAAAAUUGUCAACAAUUAAAAGGGCACGAAAACAAAAUUAUACAAGUUGAAAGGCAAGGCAACAAAUGUGACAGGAGGUGUGUGUCAAAAUUUGUAGCGGAGGAACAGGCAACAUUAAUAACAGUACAGCCGCUGCCGCUGUCCGAUUGUUAUGCAAGCAGCGCUGCAUUCACCCACCUGAGCAGUGCAGCCCAGCAGCAAAACAAUCAAUUAGCCGGUCGCCAUGCUGCUAAACCGUUUCGUUUCAGCCAUUAAAAAUCAAUCGAGGGAAACCCUGCGCGCAUGGAGCUAUCAAUGCGAAUCAAUAUUCGCGCAACGCUCGCGCCGCCUGCAGCAGCUGCUCAGUUUCUACCAGUCUGUCUAUGGGACGCAAGGACUAAAGCAACUAUGGCGCGCCUAUUACCGCAGUGAGCUGCAGCCGCCGCUACGGGGCUUCAUGCUAAGCGCCGUGGGCAUCAUGGGACUCAAUAUGAAAAGGCCAGGCAGCGAAGGUUUUGACUGGGCCAAAGAGCGGCUGUCGCUCUCCAACUUUGAUUUGUGUCAGCGGGACAUUGACUUCAUAAAUACGCUGCCUGUCAACCAGCUAUGCGAUCGCUGCCAGGCAAAAAAGAUGAAGUACUGCUAUUGCUUGUUGGGCAAUCAGCGCUGCAAGAAGGGCGGCGUUGUAGUAGCGCCCCCCAAGACCGAUCAGCUGGCGCUUAAGGAGGAGCAAGCGGCUAGCAUCAGCAACUGUCACAAAUCAUUGGAUCUGGAUGGACGUGCGCCUCAGGGCCAAGUACGAAUACAGGCACAGGAGGAUCGCAACUGGGAGCCGUACUUUAGUAAGAAUGAAUUUAGUAUUUGGCGGCGUGAGGAACAUGGGUCGCUCUACUCAUACAAGGUGUAUGCACGGUUUGAUGACAUCACCGCCGAUGAUUUUCUGCAUGUGCAAACGGACCUGGAUUAUCGCAGGCAAUGGGACGAUACGGCGCUCAGGCUAGAGCUUAUUAGCGAGGAUCCAGUGCCUGGCAGCAAUUCGCAUCUGAUAUACUGGGAAAUGCAAUGGCCGCGACUAUUUGCCAAUCGGGACUAUGUAUAUUGUCGACGGUACCACAAGGAUGAAAACAAAAAGUUGAUAUUUAUCUGCAGUCGCGCUGCCAAGCAUACUACAUAUCCAGCCAUUUCGGGAAAGGUGCGAGUCACUGACUACUGGAGCCUGAUGGUCAUAAAGCCAUUCCGCGGAUUCCACGAGCCGGGACUGCACUUUGUGCUCACCUACUACGAUGACCCGGGCAUACCCAUACCGCAGAACAUCAAGUCGUGGGUAACGCAGAAGCAAAUGCCCGAGUUCCUUACCAAAAUGUAUGUGGCGACCAAAAACUAUGCCUGCUCACGUGCCAUCAAGAUGAAAGACAUGUUCAACAGCUUUACAAUAAUCAACGAUGAGUAUACGGCCAAUGAUCAACGCGGCAGCUGGCUGGGAAGUCUCAGCCGUCACAGGCGUAAGCUCAACAGGGACAAUGAGGCUGAGCGCUGAGAGCUGCAGUUCCUCCUGACAGUGUCCAGAGAGCAAUUAAGAAUUAUGAUAACUAGAAAAGAAGGUACAGCAAGAAACACCAACAGCAAUACAGCCCCCUUAUCAUCUUAUGUUGUAAAUCAUUUAUAAGUACAUACAUAUAUAGAAGCAAUGAACAAUUAGGGAUCAUCCACUUUCUAGAACUAAACAAAUUAUUUCAUCAACUGUGCAAAUGUGCAAUAAAAUAGCAUUCGCAACUUGGAGGCAUUUAAAA